AUGAACAAGCGGGUGCCCAUGGUGUGCUCCGUGAGCAACGCGUUCGGCGCCGACGGCGUACUCCCGGCGGACGGGGUGUGCGACGCCCUCUUCUACGACUCGCUCUACCGCGACGACCGCAACAAGCUGCCCGGACCCUACGACGGAGGCCUCGAACGCUUCCUGGACCUGAGCCGAGCAAUGCGGUACACGGGUUUCGGCGUCUCCUUCGACGUGCUAAUGGACGUUCGCAAUUUCGACGUGACAUUGCCCAGUUUCACGUCCGGCAUCGUCGAGCUGUGGAACAGAGGAGUGAGCCACUUCGGCGCACUUCGUGUGUACGGUACCGGAAGCGGAGAGGAUGACGUCAUCAAAUUUCUGUACUUCUUGCAGGCGGUAGAAAAGAAGAUCCAGGAGACAAUGACUGGCAGCCGUCCCUAUUACACAGUCAUUGGCGUGAGCUACCGUCCAGAUGCUUCUUACGAAAAGGUUAUACAGCAUAUGAAGAAGGUCUUCAAGCCGUUCAUAUACGUCGUCGUAAUUCACGUCCCCUACCUGGAUAAGGAGCUCCCGACGUGCCUUAUCCUGCCCCCGACGCUGCUGGAGAACCCGGCGGAAGCCACCUCAUCUAACCAGCCGUCUGUGAUGGAGGCGAUGCACCACAUCGAGCGCAUGCACAGCCACGAGCUUCACCUGCCGGUGACCAUCUCGUUCACGCUGCGAGCCCGCUUCUACAGGCCAGCGUCCGUGCAUAGCACCUCCUUCUACGAGCCGUUCCAAAAGUGCCGGGACUACAGCGGCGACAGCGACGUUUCGCCGGCGUCGGUUUGCAAGGGUCAGUACGGCUCAAACUUCAACUACUUCAGAGACGGGGAGUCCGCCUUUGCCUAUGAUACACAGCAAGAACGAACAGUCACGUACGACACGGAAUUAACGAUCAGAACAAAGGUAUGCAGGGCAAUGCUGGCCUACCCGAACGUGCCGUUCGGCGUCGCCACCUUCGACAUCAACCUCGACGUCGCAGACGAGGCGUGCAACUCGUUGCAGAUCGAAGCCGGCAAUUUCACCCGACUCAAGGUGCUGAGCAGCCUGAACGACUACAUCUCCAGAUACCACUGGAAUUUCGAUCAGUGCAUGAACUCAAUUUGAGCAGCCCCGCGGCGCGUUUUCAACGCGGAGUAAUCUGACUUGUCGCAGUGCCCACGGCAAGGCACUGACGGUGUUAUAAUAAAUAUUUAGGCACUUUGAUUUUCCCAAUGGAAGUGGGUGAACACACAGGC